UGGGCCCAAAUUGGCCUAUAUAGUUCCUCUGAAAAAUUGUGCUUUGAGCUCUCUGUCACUGUGUAUCAACAAAGAAUGGGAGAAUCAACAGAGAAGCAAAGAGACAGUGAACCAAAACAGCAUGAAGAAGCAGAUGAAGAAGAUUACAUGGGAGACCUGUCUCAGUUUCUUCCUCCUGAAACAACAAACCCUGCAAAAUCCUCUGCCAAAAAGAGGAUCAACAAGGAAACACCAACUUUUCAAUCAUUCAAUAAGAAGUCGAAAAACAUUAGCUGGCAAGAACAACGAAGACUUGAAAGGGAGAAAAAGCAACAAGAGGAGGAUGAGCAAACCAUGGCAAGAAUAGAAGCUCCAAUUCCUCCAUCCAACAUUGGGUUUAAGUUGUUAAAGCAAAUGGGUUACACCCCUGGUUCAGCCCUUGGUAAGGAGGGUUCAGGAAGAGCUGAGCCAGUGGGGAUUCAGAUUCGGCGGACACGAAUAGGGAUUGGAAGAGAGGAACCGCAUAAGGAGAAGAGGAAGAGAGAAGAGAUUGAGGCAGAAAGGAACAGAAUGAAGGAGAGGGAUUUAAUGGAAGAGUUUGGGUCAAGGCAAAAGUCUCAAUGGCGAAGUCGGAGAGUUGUAGUAAAUUUUAUGAAAGCAAAAGCAGCUCUUGAUCAAUUGGAGAACAAAGAAGUUGUGGAACCAAAGAAGAAUGAAGAUGAAGAAGAUGCUGAGCAGGAUGAGGAGGAAGAGGAAGAGAUAACAGAAGAGGAUUUGCAAGAACUGUUGAUGAAACUGAGAGAUGAAUAUCAAUACUGUCCGUUUUGUGGCUUUCAGUAUGAAACAGUGGAAGCCCUCCUAUCCAACUGCCCUGGAAUAAACGAAGACGACCACUAGAUGUUGCUAGUGCAAGAGGCACUAAUGCAAACUUGUUCAACAUCUGCAAGUUGCACUUUGCAUAUUGCUCUUGCACGUGAGCUUGCUCACAAUCGAGUGAGUUUGGUAUAAUUCUUUUUCAUUUUCACAAAUGGUUGUCCUUUUCGGUCAUAUGUGAUGGUGCUUUUUGGUGAGGAUCGAGUCAAAAAGGGAAGGCUCCUAAUCAUUCAAAUGUAUUAUUUAAAUGUUGCUGGGAAUGAGAUCUAUGGUCAUCAAUAUCAACCAUUCUUCAUAGACUGGAUCACUAUUUACUAAUUUAUGCGAGAAGCAGGAGUGUUUGUGCAUGUAAGAGGAUUUUAAACACCAUCCAGUUAAUUGGAUAUGCAUGUUUACACUUUCGGCAUUUCGGUGCCAAUUUUCAGCUAAAUCAAGACACAUGUCCAAGAUAGAAAUCACAAGUAUUAGUUCUCUUACCUGUGUAACAUGUUUGUAUAAUAUCUUGUGUAUGCUUUAGUCAGAUUGAGACAGUCAUCAUAUGUUGAAGUAUCUUUUAAAUUGGAAGUCCAUUAAUCCUGGGACACAAUUUCAGUGGUUGACAUGUCAUGUUGCAAGUGGUGAACAAGAUAAAGGGAUAGCGUGUCCGCUUUGCACGCGAUUGGGGGCUGCCCCUAUAUAAAGGCCACGUUGCAGACAUUGAUUGGCUGCCUUCCUCCUCUCCGACGAGGCAAAUUCCAAGGAGCUGGAUAUGCUUAGCCAUGGAUGAUCUCAAGAGUGGACUAAUAGAGACGUGGGAGGGACAUGGAUAUCCCGUGAGAAGCUUGUUGAGUUAGAGCUGUGCAAUUCGCUACCUUAGAGACUCAAAUAGCGUAGCCAUAUGCUAGCCAGGGAGGCCCAGUCCUCAACUACGGAUAGACGGGGUCCUCCAUUUGUGUUAUCCUCCUUUUCUCCCUGUGGGUAAUUCAUUGUAAUUUUUUCAA